GGCUCGGCGUCCUGGGUCGGUGUAGAGGGGGUGAUUUGGUCCUUCAGGUGGGUUAUCAUGGAGUGUGACGGCGAGCCGACGCUAACCGGACAGAUGGGUGUGAUCGCGGCCCAGCCUUAGGGUCGAGGUGCCCGGGAGCACAAUGAACCUGGUUGGCAUUGUCCGUGAUCACUGGUAUAAUAUCCUUGUUCCUCUGGGUUUUGUGUUGGGAUGUUAUUUUGACAGAAGGAAUGAUGAAAAGCUUACAGCAUUCAGAAACAAAAGCUUACUGUACCGACGGGAACUGAAACCAGGUGAAGAAGUGACCUGGAAGUGAAAAUUGCUGUUCUGCUGAGAAAAUGAACAUUAAAAUUGUCACCGCAGAAGUUUAGUCUUGUUCAAUUUUCAAUUAAGAAUUCAAUUAAAGUGUAUUUAAAAGUG